GGGGUGUUCUCACAGCCCCUCUGCUGGGAUGGAGGGCAUGGAGUGGCCUCUCCUCAGUGCCCACAGCUGGAAUUUCCAGCACAGAGAACCAGCAGGGACAAGGAGCUUGAGAACUGCAGAAAGUGUGGAAUAACUUAAAGUAUGGAAUGUACUGAAAUAGAUAUUUAUUAUUGGGAUAGGCUAAAGCAGCUGGGAAUUUGAACACAAGAAAGUGGAGAAAAAAGUUCUAGGGGAGGAUGGCAGGGAAAGCUUGGAGGCAGAAAUCUUGGAGAGGGGGAAGAGCAGGGCUCUGUCAGGGCCUCCCAAGAUUUAUCAGGGCAUAAAGGAAAUCUCAACAGAUAAAUGAGCUCCAGAAUAUGGAAAUGAAGAUGGGAUUGGGGAGGAAAAGCAGCAGCAGCAGCAGGCUGGAAGCUGAAGGUAACCUAAAUCCUGCCACACAUUGAAAAAGGGCUUCACCCCAUUUUUGUGGUGCUCAGGGCAGAGAUCCAGAGCUGGACCUUCCUAAAUAAGAUCAAACCCAAGAUGGAUUGUGCUCAGCUGUGUUUCAUCCCAGGGAACAAUCAGACUUAAAAGUCCAGCCUGGCCAGCUCUUCAAUGGGUGACUCAUCACUUCUUCAGUGAAUUUCAAGAUGAAGGAUUCGUGGAGAAAAUAGAAAUUUGGGUCAUUUGCUGGGGAAGAAGAUGGAAAAAGAAAAUGAGUGAGUAGAGACCACAUCAUCCAGGCCAAGGCACAAAAUGAGCUCUCUGCUCGGCGGCUGCAGCGCCUGCACAGAGAUAAAAGAGACAUGGCUUGGCUCAGGAGCUCAGACCCCAAGGGAGGUGGCACCUGGGCCACCUUUCCUCUGCCCAGAGGUGCUGCCAGGUGGAGACAGCUCUGUGCCCAGGGGAGAAGCUCCAGGUGCUGAGGAAACACCCAGUUUGCAGCCAGAGCUCCCCUGUGCCCAUGGAGGACACGUCCAGCCAGGAGCCAGCGCCCAGCAAAGCCCCCCUGGGCUCCCUCGGGCCACGCGAGGCUCCUGCCACCUUCAUCAUCCUGGAGGAGCAGGAGCCCCCGGGCUGCAGCCGCCGGGAGCUGAUCCUGGAGAAGGCCAGGGCCGCCUGCAGGUGCAGCCCCGGGGCGCUGGGCCGCUCCCUGCGCCGGCUGCUGCCCGUGCUGGAGUGGCUGCCCCGCUACGAGCCCCGCUCCCAGCUGCUCGGGGACGUGGUCUCGGGGCUCCUGGUGGGCGUGGUGGCCAUCCCUCAGUCCAUCUCCUACUCCCUGCUGGCCAACCAGGACCCCGUCUACGGCAUCUACACCAACUUCUUCUGCAACAUCAUCUACGCGGCCACGGCCACGUCGCGCCACGCCAGCGUGGGCUCCUUCGGGGUGCUGUGCCUCAUGGUGGGGCAGUCGGUGACGCGCCGCCUGCAGCUGGCAGGCUAUGGGGACAGCGGCGCCGCCCUCGGGGACAACUCCAGCUCCCCCAGGAACGGCACAGAGCCCUGUGACAGGAGCUGCUACGCCAUCACCGUGGCCCUUUCCCUGAGCUUCCUGGUGGGCCUUUACCAGAUCCUGCUGGGGGUUUUACAGAUGGGCUUCGUGGCUGUCUACCUGUCAGAGCCUCUGCUGGGUGGCUUCGUGACAGGCUCCAGCCUCACCAUCAUCACCUCCCAGAUGAAAUAUCUGCUGGGCCUGAAGAUCCCCCGGCACGAGGGCGUGGGCUCCUUCAUCCUCACCUGGGUGGACCUCUUCAGGCACAUCCACAACACCAACAUCUGCGACCUGCUGACCAGCCUGGUGGCCUUGGCCAUCAUAGUGCCUGUCAAGGAGCUCAAUGAGCGCUACAAGGAGAGGCUGAAGGCCCCGUUCCCCAUCGAGCUGCUGGUGGUCAUCGCAGCCACCCUCAUCUCCCACUACUUCGACUUCGAGCAGCGCUACAAGGCCGCCGUGUGCGGGGACAUCCCCACGGGCUUCAGGAAGCCCACUGUCCCAGACAUCAGCCUGCUUCCCAGCCUGGCACUGGAUGCUCUGCCCAUUGCUGUCAUUGGCUUUGCCAUGACCGUGUCCCUGGCAGAAAUCUUUGGCAAAAAGCACGGCUACGCCGUCAGCGCCAACCAGGAGAUGAUCGCCAUCGGCAUGUGCAACCUCAUCCCCUCCUUCUUCUACUGCUUCGCCAGCUCUGCUGCCCUCACCAAGACUCUGCUGAAGGAAUCCACGGGCAGCCAGACCCAGGUGUCCGGGCUGGUCACCUCCCUGGUGCUGCUGCUGGUGCUGCUGUGGAUCUCCCCGCUCUUCUACUCGCUGCAGACCUCCAUCCUCGGCGUGGUCACCAUCGUCAACCUGCGGGGCGGCCUCAGGAGGUUCCGGGACACCCCCAGGAUGUGGCAGCUCAGCAAGCUGGACACGGCGGUGUGGUGGGCGACCAUGCUGUGCUCCACGCUGGUCACCACGGAGAUCGGGCUCCUGGUGGGCGUUUGCUUCGCCCUGCUCUGCAUCAUCUUCCGCACGCAGCGGCCGCGCGCCACGCUGCUGGGCAAGGUCGGCGACAGGGAGGUCUACGAGGACCAGGCUGCCUACAAACAGCUCAGCAGCAUCUCCAACAUCAAAAUCUUCCGCUUCGAGUGCUCUCUCUACUACGCCAACAAGGAUUACUUCAAGGCUGUGCUGUACCAGAAAACCGGGCUCAACCCCGUGCUGCUGGCGGCCAGCCUGGGGAACCGGGCACGGCCAGAGCCAGGCAGCACCAGGGGCUGCUGUGCCUGCCUGAGACAGGGCGGGAGCAGGGCUGAGAGCCCUCCAGGAGAUGCCUGUCCCCCCUCCACAGACAUGCACACCCUGAUCCUGGACUGUGGGGCCAUGCAGUUCAUAGACACCGUGGGUCUCUCUGUGCUCAAGGAGACGCACCACGACUACAAGGAGGUGGGAGUCCAGGUGCUCCUGGCCAACUGCAACCCCUCCAUCCGCCAGCGGCUGCGGGAGGGAGGUUGGGCCGGCCGGGCAGGCGGCGCUGGGGGCCAGCUGGCCUUCCACAGCAUCCACGAUGCCGUGCAGUUCGCUGAGCGCUGGCACCGCGGGGACAGCAGGGACAAGCAGGCUGCUCUCCCGGAGCCCGAGGAACAGGACUUGCAGGUGUCCCUGUAGCCCUGGGUGCGAGGAGAGGUUUCUGACGGGGGAGCAGGUUCGGUGUUUGUGCCGUCAGAGCGAGC